AUGGUUGGAUCUAAUCAAGACGUUAUCCGUGGUAGCAGUGUGGUACCGAAGGCCACCCCUGAAUACUUCAUAUCAGCUGGUCAAGUGAAGCUGCCGCGACUGGAGCUUAAACCGUUUGACAGGGAUAUUGAGCACUGGAAUGAAUUCUGGUCUGAAUUUCAGAAUGCUGUGGAUCAGCAGUCUAUCCCCAAAGUACAGAAACUGAAUUACCUUCUCAACUGCUUAGAGGGAAAGGCAGCUCAGGAAGUGCAGGGAUAUUUGGUUACGCCUAAAAAUUAUGAUAUAGUCAAGGAAAUCCUGUAUCGUCGGUUUGGAGACAGAACGGUGCUGUUGCGAACGUUUUAUGCGGGGCUUAAGAGUAUCAGGAAAGACCAUGAUUUGAGGAACACGCGCAAGGCAGAAACGUGGAAAACCGAUACGACUAUCGAAAUGACUAUUGAAGAGAAACUUCCAGAUGGGUUAUUGAGAAAGUUUACGAAGCAAAGGAAAAUGAUCCAGCUUGGAGCGCUUACAAGCCUCUUAGAUUACUGGAACAAAUAA